AUGGCUACUUACAUUUACGAUGAUAAUUUGUUGAUCCAUUAUUUCCAAGAUAACCUUACAGGAUCAGCCAUUAGGUUGUAUAAUAAGUUGGAUAGAAGCCAUGUGUAUUCAUGGAAGAACUUAGCAUGUGCAUUCAUAGCUCAGUACAAACAUGUGGCAAACAUGGCUCUAUACAAUUCAACCCUCCAAAGUAUGGAGAAGAAUGAUAUUGAAGGCUUCAAAGACUUAGCUCGGAGGUGGAGAGAUAUUACCUCACAAGUCCAUCCACCAUUGACUAAGAAAGAAAUUAUAGUCAUGUUUGUUAACAGUCUAAAGGCCCCAUACUAUGAAAGGUUAAUCGAAAAUGCCACCAAAACCUUUGCAGAUAUGGUCUUGUCAGGGGAAAUAAUUGCAACUAUGGUCUUGUCAAGGGAAAUAAUUGAAGCUACAAUUAAAAGUGGUAAGAUCGAAGAAGGAAACACCAUCAAUUCUAGAAAAGAACUUGUGUCAAGGAAAAAGGAAGCUAAAUCCUAA